AUGUACGGCUAUACGGCCAGCAAAGCUGUCCGCUUAUUGUUGAGAGAAGUGCUCCAACAAGAUGUUUCUCUCCUCAGAGUCAGCACCCCAGUUCUUGACAACAACACAAGAGCAGCCAACAACCUUUCUGGCGUUACCUUCUCUGUCCAAUUGGCACAAACCGGCCCACUCACCCAACAACUUGGCGUCGGAAACCUUGAUCAAUGGGAUCUUCUCAUCACCCUCAUUACACAAAGCCUCAACCAACUUGACAAUGGAAGCCUCGGUAACAGAGUCACACAAGACACACAAUUGAGCCUCCUUUCUGGACAAAGCCUUGGAAGCUUCUCUCAAACCUCUGGCCAAACCAUCGUGGACCAAAGAGGUUCUCAAGACAACCUUCAAAGCGUCUUCGAUGGAGAUGGAAGCAUCUUGUUGCUCAACGGCAACUUCUUCGACAAUUUGUUGUUCUUCGACGUCAGACAUUUUUUCUAUGGACUUCUUCGACAGGUAACUGCUCAGUGGGGAAAAAAGAAAGACUUAAGGCCGUGGGUAGAAUUUUUUCAGAGCGCGAGAGAGCGCAUGGCCGUGUGUGCAGGUGGCGAUGUGGCAUGGGAUCCGUUAGGGCGUGUGCCCUGUGUCACGUGUGUGCUACAUCAUAACAUUCCACCACCGACAGAUUCCAAGAAAGAUGCUCCUUUUCGUCCUUUUGUGCUUGUUUGUGUGGAUGUGUACUCGUGUUGUGCUUGCUUGUGUACUCAUUGUGUAUUUGUGUAUAUAUUCUUGUAA